CAGCCAAUGGAGACUGAUGUCGUAUUGUCCAGAUUUUUUCCCAUCCUCUCUUCUUUUGCGCUUUCUCUUUUUCUGGCUCUUUUUCAGUACUUUGUUUGCAUUGAGAUUUUUAUUUUCCUUUUGCGGAUUCUAUUUAUCUCAAAUGUUCUGACAUUCAUUUGGCUCAAAGCUCAAACAAUAUUGGCACAUACACCUGACCUCUUUAGCUCAAUGGCAGCAGCAACUGGGUCGAUGUUCUCCUCUGCAAAGACUUUCUCGAGCAACCAUGUAGUCCGGGGACGGAAUGAAAUUUCUUCCGGGUCGAGUGCUAUUGGUAGUAGUUUCACGGGAACUAUCGUGGGGAGAAACUCGGUGAAGAAGGCUAAAACUGUUAAAAUUGUUCAGAAAGUCAGGGCUGCUGCUACUGUUAUCUCGACAAAUCCAGUCGAAGAGACUAAAGAGUAUGCACUUCCCUCGUGGGCCAAGUUCGAGCUCGGGUUGGCCCCUGUGUAUUGGAAAACCAUGAACGGUCUUCCCCCCACAUCGGGGCAGAAGCUGAAGCUUUUCUACAAUCCAGCUGCUACAAAGCUCACCCCAAAUGAGGAAUUCGGGGUCGGUUUCAAUGGAGGAUUUAAUCAGCCUAUAAUGUGUGGGGGCGAACCAAGGGUAAUGCUGAGGAAAGACCGAGGCAAAGCCGACUCCCCGAUAUACACCAUCCAAAUCUGCGUCCCCAAGCAUGCACUGAGCCUCAUCUUCUCGUUCACGAAUGGAAUCAACUGGGAUGGUCCCUACAGGCUUCAGUUCCAAGUUCCCCGGGCGUGGCAGAACAAACCUAUCGAAUUCUUUAAUGAGGGCUUGGCAGAGGAGUUGAGCAGAGAUGGAGCUUGUGAUAGAGCAAUAUUUCCCGACACUAGCAUAAUGAUCACAAGAUGUGCCAUGAUUGGUAACUUGAACGUCGAAGGAGGAGACCGAUGCGAACUUAAUCUUGUACCGGGAUGCAUGGACACAAGCUCGCCCUUCUAUGAUCCUCUUGCCAAUGUGGAUGAUGGAUCCUGCCCUCCUUAUUCGGACUCUGAGAGUGAGGACUAAGCUGGAGCUGUGGAAAUCCCCUCAUGUACAGACACAUCAACGAGUGUCCAUAGCACAUUUGCUGAUGUUUCAAAUUAACUUUUAUAGAACAUUUUAUAGAGAGUUUGUAGCCUCAUGAUAAAUAUUUAUAAUUUUUAAUCUAUACUUUUUAAUGGUCGAUUUUGAGAAAAUGAGGAUUAUAAUGUUCUUACGUAAAAAA